CAUCCCACCAGCACCAAUUCACGUCUUCCUGCUGUCCAGCCUUCCCCACGAAUCUCACGAUCGCUACUGAAUAACGUCCCGCACGAACUCUCUCUCAUCACCCUCGCCAUGUGCGGAAUCUUUGGCUACAUCAACUACCUCGUCGAGAAGGACAGGAACUACAUUCUCAACACCCUCAUCAAUGGCCUCUCCCGUCUGGAAUACCGUGGCUACGAUUCAGCUGGCCUGGCAAUCGAUGGUGACAAGAAGAACGAGGUUUUUGCCUUCAAGGAAGUCGGCAAGGUCGCAGCGCUCAGGAAGCUCUGCGAGGACUCGAAACCCGACUUGACCAAGGUCUUCGACUCCCACGCCGGCAUUGCACACACCCGAUGGGCCACCCACGGCCGCCCAUCGCGCCUGAACUGCCAUCCCCACAGGUCGGACCCUAAUUGGGAGUUCGCCGUCGUGCACAAUGGCAUUAUCACAAACUACAAGGAGCUGAAGGCUCUGCUCGAGGCCAAGGGCUACAAAUUUGAGACUGAGACCGACACUGAGGCCAUCGCCAAGCUCGCCAAGUACAUCUACGACCAGCACCCAGACAUUGAAUUCCCCAACCUCGCGAAGGCGGUCAUCAAGGAGCUCCAGGGUGCCUUCGGGCUGUUGAUGAAGUCGGUGCACUUCCCUCAUGAGGUCAUUGCCGCCCGCAAGGGUUCGCCCUUGGUCGUCGGUGUGCGGACACAGAAAAAGAUGAAGGUCGACUUUGUCGAUGUGGAAUACACUGAGGAGGGCGCUCUGCCCGCCGAGCGUGCCUCGCAGAACGUGGCUCUAAAGAAGAGCAAUAAUCUGCUUGCUCCUCCCGACAAGUCGCUUCUUCACCGCUCGCAAUCGCGUGCUUUCCUCUCGGAGGAUGGCGUGCCAAUGCCCACCGAGUUCUUCCUCUCGUCGGACCCGUCUGCUAUCGUCGAGCACACCAAGAAGGUUCUCUACUUGGAGGAUGACGACAUUGCCCACAUCCACGAGGGCUCGCUGAACAUUCACCGCAUGACUAAGGACGACGGGGCCUCUAACGUCCGCGCCAUUCAGACUUUGGAGAUUGAGCUCCAAGAAAUCAUGAAGGGCCGCUUCGACCACUUCAUGCAGAAAGAAAUCUUCGAGCAGCCAGAGUCCGUCGUCAACGCUAUGCGUGGUCGUUUGGAUCUGGAGCACGGAAGGGUCACCCUCGGAGGUCUUCGCCAGUACAUCACUACUAUUCGACGAUGCCGACGUCUCAUUUUCAUCGCCUGCGGUACUAGCUACCAUUCUUGCAUGGCCGUCCGUGGUAUCUUCGAAGAGCUGACCGAGAUUCCGAUCGCUGUCGAAUUGGCCUCUGACUUCCUGGACCGACAAGCACCAGUUUUCCGUGACGACACCUGCGUGUUCGUCUCCCAAUCUGGUGAGACCGCCGACUCACUCAUGGCUCUUCGCUACUGCUUGGAGCGGGGUGCCCUGACCGUUGGUUUUGUCAACGUUGUCGGCUCAUCUAUCUCGCUGCUCACUCACUGCGGUGUGCAUAUCAACGCCGGUCCCGAAAUCGGUGUUGCUUCUACCAAGGCUUACACCUCGCAAUUCGUCUGCAUGGUCAUGUUUGCCCUCUCGCUCAGCGAGGACCGUGCAUCCAAGCAGAAGAGACGUGAGGAGAUUAUCGCAGGUCUUGGCAAGAUCUCCGAUCAAUUCAAAGAAGUUCUUAAGCUCGACCAAUCCGUCAAGGAACUUUGCUUGAGAUUCAAGGAUCAGAAGAGUCUGUUGCUUCUCGGCCGUGGUGCCCAGCACGCAACUGCAUUGGAGGGCGCGCUUAAGAUCAAGGAAAUCUCGUACCUGCACUGCGAGGCUGUCAUGUCUGGAGAACUCAAGCACGGCGUGCUGGCUCUGGUCGACGAGAAUCUCCCGAUUGUCAUGAUUCUCACACGUGACGACAUCUUCCCCAAGUCGCUCAACGCAUACCAACAGGUUAUUGCCCGUAAGGGUCGGCCAAUCAUCAUUUGCAACUACGACGACGAGGAGUUCCCGCCGGAGAAGACCGACAAGAUUGAGGUGCCCCGAAAUGUGGACUGCCUCCAGGGUCUCAUCAACGUUAUUCCUCUCCAACUCAUGUCCUACUGGAUGGCAGUUGGUGAGGGUCUGAACGUUGACAUGCCCCGCAACCUUGCCAAGUCCGUUACCGUCGAGUAAGCGGCAAGUAUCAGGGCACGGCGUCUCUCAGCUGGUUAUGGGCAGGUGUUCACUUGUAUCACGGACUAAAUAAAGGUGUUUACUGAUUUCUCCGGUUAACUUUGGAUUGCUGGAGGAAAAAAGGGAAGGGUCUAGCUAGCACGGCUCGGCACAUGGAAUAUGAAUUUUCAAUGCUUCAA